GUUUCGUCCUGAGACGUACCGCGCAGCAGUGUUCUGUGGACAUGGCUUUUUGUUCAUUUAAAGGAGGAGAGAUCUUUAAAGAUCACUACGAACCGGGUAUCUAUGUUUGUGUAAAGUGUGGCUAUGAGCUGUUCUCCAGCACAUCAAAGUAUAAGCACUCCUCUCCCUGGCCUGCCUUCACUACAACUAUCCACAAGGAUAGUGUCUCCAAACAGGAGGAGAGACCUGGUGCACUGAAGAUUCGCUGUGGGAAGUGCAAUAAUGGCCUGGGUCAUGAGUUUCUGAACGAUGGACCCAAGCAUGGACUGUCCCGAUUCUGAAUAUUCAGCAGCUCACUCAAGUUUGUCCCUAAAGAUAAGGGUGGACAGUAGAGUGAGCUGAUGGAUGGAGGAGUGAAGAUGACAUAAAAAUGCACAGAGGGACUCUGUUCUGUGGAAGGUGUGGACAUUUCAUGAAGUGUUGUGCUAUAAAGCCCAAAGUGGAAGUCAGAACACUGAUAUUUAUGGCCACACUGGUACAAACAGAAGAAGUCUGCUCCUAGUUAGUAUCUGUUCAAGCCUGUUCUUAGUCAAUGUCAAUGCACACCAAAAAUGAAUCUAGAUGUAAUUGCUGUAUGACAUUUCUUAGCUGAUUGACUGUUUUAUGUGGACACCUUUACAACAUUAAAUAGAUCUUUGCCUUAAACCUUAUAAAAAUAUAUAUAUAUAUUUUUUUAAAAAGGCAGAAUAACAGAAAAUAAUGUUUCGUACUCUGAGAAAGAUUAAGAAUAAAAUUUUUAUCAUAUAAAAAGAAA